GUGGUCGUUAACAAUUUGAAAGCCUAUCCAACAACUUUUGAACUCUCGAAGCUUCACUCUCUUACUACAAGACUAUCGUCUUCCCCUCCAUUUCCCUUCACCUUUGCUUAAAGUUUCAAACUCUUAACACACUCCAAACUUCUCUCCCUUUCCUUCCUCUGAAUCCCAUGGCCGCCACCGCCGGAGCCGUCAACGGAGUUUCGCUGAGUUUAAAUGGCGCCAUCGCUGGAGCUUCAGUUCAGAACUCUGCAUUCUUAGGCAGCAGCUUGAAGAAAGCGAACUUCAGAUACCCAAAUUCCAGGGUCUCCUCGGGAAGAAGCUUGAUGAAGGUAGUUGCUGUUGCUGAGGACAUUGAUGAAAAGAAGCAAACUGAUAAGGAUAGAUGGAAGGGGCUUGCUUAUGAUAUCUCUGACGAUCAACAAGACAUUACCAGAGGAAAGGGAAUGGUCGACUCACUCUUCCAAGCUCCUACUGGAGCAGGAACUCAUGACCCUGUUCUCAGUUCUUAUGAAUACUUGAGUGCUGGACUUCGUCAGUACAACUUAGACAACACUGUGGAUGGCUUCUACAUUGCUCCUGCCUUCAUGGACAAACUAGUUGUUCAUAUCUCCAAGAAUUUCAUGAAGCUUCCCAACAUCAAGGUUCCCCUGAUUUUGGGCAUUUGGGGAGGCAAAGGUCAAGGAAAAUCCUUCCAGUGUGAGCUUGUCUUCGCCAAGAUGGGAAUCAACCCCAUUAUGAUGAGUGCAGGAGAACUGGAGAGUGGAAAUGCAGGAGAACCAGCGAAAUUGAUUCGACAAAGGUACCGUGAAGCAGCAGACAUAAUCAAGAAGGGGAAAAUGUGUGUCCUCUUCAUUAACGAUCUCGAUGCCGGAGCUGGUCGUCUCGGCGGAACGACACAAUACACUGUGAACAACCAGAUGGUUAAUGCUACCCUCAUGAACAUAGCUGAUAACCCAACCAAUGUCCAGCUCCCUGGUAUGUACAACAAAGAGGAGAACCCUCGUGUUCCCAUCAUUGUCACGGGUAAUGACUUCUCAACGUUGUAUGCUCCUCUCAUCCGUGAUGGUCGUAUGGAAAAAUUCUAUUGGGCACCUACUCGAGAAGAUCGAAUUGGUGUCUGCUCAGGAAUCUUUAGGACUGACAAUGUUCCCAAGGAAGACAUCAUCAAGCUUGUCGAUACCUUCCCUGGCCAAUCCAUCGAUUUCUUUGGUGCCCUGAGAGCAAGGGUAUAUGAUGAUGAAGUGAGGAAGUGGGCUGCUUCGGUCGGAGUAGAGAAUAUCUCCAAGAGGCUCGUCAACUCAAAGGAAGGACCACCGACAUUCGAGCAGCCGAAGAUGACCCUACAGAAGCUCCUUGAGUAUGGAAACAUGCUUGUUCAGGAGCAAGAGAACGUGAAGAGAGUCCAAUUGGCUGAUAAGUACCUGAGUGAGGCUGCUCUUGGUGAUGCCAAUGAAGACGCUAUAAAAAGUGGAGCAUUCUACGGCAAAGCCGCUCAGCAGGUACACCUUCCUGUCCCUGAAGGUUGCACAGACCCAAAUGCAGAAAACUACGACCCAACAGCUAGGAGUGAUGAUGGAAGUUGCAAUUAUGAAUUAUAAGCCUUCCCUUUAGCUGUUAAAGGAAAAUAUCCCUUGGUUUGCUCUACUUUAUGCAUUGAAGUUGGUGGGCAGUUUCAGUCUUGGUUAUACCUUACAUCUAGAAAAUGAAUGUAAAAUCAUUCAGGGUCAGAACAGAUUACCAAGAACA